AUGUGCUGCUUCCUAUUCAAAGGUCCCGUAUAUGCACGUGACUUGUGUGACAGGUGUCAAUCGAGAGCAAUUACUUGUCACUAUGACAACGUCGAUGACCUACGGGUAACUGGAUUGUGUUUGACUGUCGGCUUGACUGAUGAUUGCGUGUCUCGUGUAGUAGGAUUUUUUGUUUCUGACAUCGGGUCUCGUGCUAUGUCUGUUGUGAAAAUUUCUAGCGAGCUGCUAGCUCGUUCGCCUGGACAUCUCAAAAGGAAGCGUGGAGAGCCGCUAUCUGACUAUCUUAGACGCCUGACUCACCUUUACCUUCAAGAAAAAGGGAUAGAGGAGAUUGAGAACUUGCAGAUAUGCAGAAAUUUGAAGGUUUUGUAUAUGUAUGAUAACUCCAUCAGUAGACUGGAGAAUAUGGAGGGUCUCACGAAUUUGACUCACCUCUACUUGCAAAACAACAGAAUCAGUCGGCUAGAGAACGUUCAGUGUCUGCGGAAGCUCAACAAACUAUAUCUAGGUGGCAAUGCCAUCACUGUUGUUGAGGGUCUCAAUCAGUUGCCUGAACUGAGGGAGUUGCACAUAGAGAAUCAACAAUUUCCUAGUGGAGAACAGCUUCUAUUUGAUCCUCGGACAUUAGUGGCUAUAGCACCAUCAUUGUGUGUCUUGAAUGUAUGUGGUAAUCGCUUAAACAGUCUGAGUGACAUUAUGUGUUUGGAGAACUUGACUCAACUUAUGGCAGCAAACAACCAACUGACAGAUUUGAAUGAAAUAGCAUGUCUGUUAUCCAAACUGACUGUUUUGUGGCGGCUGGAGCUCACUGGAAAUCCAUUGUGUCUCAAAUCGAAGUACAGAGAACGAGUCAUCAUAAUGUCUAUGUCAUUAGUGAUGUUAGAUGGCAAGGAGAUUAACGAAACAUCGCGUCAGUUUCUCCUCAACUGGCAAGCCUCUAAGGAGGCACGACGGCAAGAGAAGGAGAAGAGACGGAGGUACACUGUACCUUCUUCGCUGCCGACAGUCAAACUGGAAUACGGAGAGACGUUGAAAUUCCCAUUAGGCGGUUUGUCUCACCAGACUAUGAUGGUCUCGGCAAACUCGUCGGAGUUUAAAGCUAUGAUAUCGGCCACUAGCAAUGCUGCGAGUGGCAAGAUCAAAAGAGAUGUAGUGAGGCUCCCAAAUAUAUUUGCUCCACAACGCUAUCUUCACAGCGUGGGCGACAGAAGCAUUUGGGUUUCAGGAAAACGGUCGUUAAGUAAGGUGCAUUCAUCGAGGCCAGAUAACAAACAACGGACAAGUUCCUUAACUAAACCAGUUGAUACGUAGAUAUUAUAGAACAGAGUUUCGUAAUUGGGUGGGAUGGGUGGCAGUUAGCUUGUAGGGGUGUAGGGUGACAUAUGAUUUGUUAAUCUACUUCGAUUAGUUACUCAAGCAGUUGGUGUAUAUGUAGCAUGAGUAUAUAUGUUUCUACUUUUAUAUGUACACUUGUACACUAUCAAUUAUGUAAGUGAAUUAAAUUCAAUGGAGAGGACACAAGAACGAAUUAUUUGUAUUUUUAAUGCGCUACCAGAUCAGUCUGGUUA